UCACACUCAUGCUCACACAAACACAAACACACAAUUCUGAAAUAACUGAAAUUUCCUCCACUGCUAACAGGCAGCCGUUACAGGGUGACGAGUGUCUGGCAGCAUUGGGCACCCAAAAAUAGCCGUAAUCACCACACACACACACACAUAUACACACACAAACACACACACACAUGGACAUUUAGCAUGACUCUGCAGUGUGGGUGUGUGCCAGAAAGUUUAUUUCACACACCCUGAUGUGUAACUGAAAAAAUGUCAACACAUCACAGUGACAAAACCACAAGGACCACAAAUUUCCCUUAGUGUGCCUGUAAGUGUGUGUGAGUGUGUAUGUUUGUGUGUGUACGUAUUAGAGUGUGUGUGUGUGUGUGUGUGAGAGAGAGAGAGAGACCUCAGUUAAUCCCCCCCCCAUCUAUAUCUCCGCAUUCUGUCCUUCACUUCAGGAUGAGGAGAGGGAGAAGAGGAUGAAGGAGCGAGUAGUCAAUAAGUAAGAGAGAGUCAGUGAAGAGGAGCAGCUAUGAAGGGAACAGCACUCGUCCUGCUUACAGCCACCGUCGCCGUCAUCACAGAUGUUGUAGUUGGGACAGAUGUUUGUGCCUCCUGCCACCCGAAUGCCACUUGCACUGACAAGAUGGACGGCACUGGAGGGAAAGUGUGUAACUGUAUGUACGGCUUCGUGGGAAACGGCAGGACCUACUGCCAAGAUAAAGAUGAGUGUCAGCUGGGGCGGAUCUGCGGCGAACACAGCAGGUGUCACAACACGUACGGCAGCUACUUCUGCACGUGUGUGUCGGGUUACAGCCCCACCAACAACCUGGCCGUGUUCAUCCCCAACGAUGGCACAUACUGCCACGAUGUGGACGAGUGUAUUGUGGAUGGUGUUUGCAGUGAGGGCGGUGUGUGUACAAACACAGACGGUGAGUUCUACUGCAAGUGCAGAACCGGAUACACAGUUCAGAAUGGAUCGGAACCGUUCCAGCCUCACACACACUCUGCCUACUGCGAGAUGGUGGAUUGCGGUCCCCCUCCCUCCGUCCCUCAUGCAGUUCAGAUCCCUCCGAUCGUCACUCGUUACGGCAGUGUCGUGCAGUUCGCCUGCGCAGACGGUUUCACUUGGACAAGUGGAAACGUCACAGCCAUCUGUGGCCCUGACGGACACUGGAGCUUUCCCAGCAUGCACUGCAAAGAGGUAGAGUGUGGCAUUCCCCCGUCAUUCCCUCACGCAAUAAUGUUGUGGAAUGGAGUCAGUAAUGUGGGUGCAGAAGUGCGUUAUCAGUGUGUGGAUGGUUUUUAUAACGCCGGACACGAGGACAUGUGUGUGUGUACGAGCAGAGGAACAUGGAGCCUCCUGCACUUCCUCUGUCAAGAGAUCCGUUGUGGCCCCCCGCCUCCUCUCCUCCACUCUGUAGUAUUAUGGAAUGGCAGAAGUAAUAUAGGCUCUAAAGCGCUAUACGAGUGUAAAGCGGGAUACCGCAGUGUGGGAACAGGAAGUGUUUCGGAGUGUGACUCUCACGGGCGCUGGACCGAUACUCGCAUCACCUGCAAAGAGAUCCGAUGCUCUGACCCCCCUGUGCUGCCCCACACUGGCCGCUUGUGGGAUGGCAGUGUGCGUGUUAACAGCUCUGUGCUUUAUUACUGUAAGGAAGGAUUUUAUCCUGCACUGGGAGAAAAUAAAUCAGUGUGUACUGAGAACGGUUCAUGGAGCAGAGCUACUCUGUUAUGCCGAGAGAUCCGAUGCUCUGACCCCCCUGUGCUGCCCCACACUGGUCGCUUGUGGGACGGCGGUGUGCGUGUUAACAGCUCUGUGCUUUAUUACUGUAAGGAAGGAUUUUAUCCUGCACUGGGAGAAAAUAAAUCAGUGUGUACUGAGAACGGUUCAUGGAGCAGAGCUACUCUGUUAUGCCAAGAGAUCCGAUGCUCUGACCCCCCUGUGCUGCCCCACACUGGCCGCUUGUGGGACGGCAGUGUGGGUUUUAACAGCUCUGUGCUUUAUUACUGUAAGGAAGGAUUUUAUCCUGCACUGGGAGAAAAUAAAUCAGUGUGUACUGAGAACGGUUCAUGGAGCAGAGCUACUCUGUUAUGCCGAGAGAUCCGAUGCUCUGACCCCCCUGUGCUGCCCCACACUGGCCGCUUGUGGGACGGCAGUGUGCGUGUUAACAGCUCUGUGCUUUAUUACUGUAAGGAAGGAUUUUAUCCUGCACUGGGAGAAAAUAAAUCAGUGUGUACUGAGAACGGUUCAUGGAGCAGAGCUACUCUGUUAUGCCAAGAGAUCCGAUGCUCUGACCCCCCUGUGCUGCCCCACACUGGCCGCUUGUGGGACGGCGGUGUGCGUGUUAACAGCUCUGUGCUUUAUUACUGUAAGGAAGGAUUUUAUCCUGCACUGGGAGAAAAUAAAUCCGUGUGUACUCUGAACGGUUCAUGGAGCAGAGCUACUCUGUUAUGCCGAGAGAUCCGAUGCUCUGACCCCCCUGUGCUGCCCCACACUGUCUGCUUGUGGGACGGCGGUGUGCGUGUUAACAGCUCUGUGCUUUAUUACUGUAAGGAAGGAUUUUAUCCUGCACUGGGAGAAAAUAAAUCAGUGUGUACUCUGAACGGUUCAUGGAGCAGAGCUACUCUGUUAUGCCGAGAGGUAGAGUGUGGCGUUCCCCCGUCAUUCCCUCACGCAAUAAUGUUGUGGAAUGGAGUCAGUAAUGUAGGUGCAGAGGUGCGCUAUCAGUGUGUGGAUGGUUUUUAUAACGCCGGACACGAGGACAUGUGUGUGUGUACGAGCAGAGGAACAUGGAGCCUCCUGCACUUCCUCUGUCAAGAGGUAAACUGCAGUGAGCCCCGUCCUCUCCCUCACACACAGCUAGUGUGGAACGGCAGCUCCACUCUCGGCUCUGUGGCUCUAUAUGAGUGUGAAGCUGGAUAUCGGAGUGUUAGCACAGAGAGUGUGUCUGUGUGUGGCUCUGACAGCCAGUGGAGUGCUGUACAACUGCACUGCGAAGUGUACUGCGGUCCGAUCCCGAUGCUGCAGAACGCCGAGGUUCUCUGGGAAAAUGGCACCAUCGCCAUCUAUCACUGUGUUAAAGGCUACUACAGACAUACAGGAAGUGACAUAUCAGUGUGUGACACCACAGGAAGAUGGCGGGUGGCCACCAUGCGCUGCAGAGAGCUGAAGUUCAGCGUUCAGAGUUUGACCGUGCUUAAUGAGAAAUGUCUGCGCUGGAGGACGGCUGCAGAAAUGAAAGGCUACAAACAGCAAUACGCCGUGGUGUUUAUCGGUGUGAGGGACUUCGAUCCCUCGUUCAGUGAUCAACGGAGGAAAGUGUUUAGCUCGUCCGCGUUACAUCCUGUUGUGUGUUUGAACCUGCAGCCCAUCACCAACUACACCAUCACUGUGACUGCACAGGAGACUGGAGACACCGCUACUGUUACUGCUAACACCAGCAUACCUGCUCCGCCCACUCCUGAGGUUAGGUACAGUGAGGUUGAUUCUCACCGACCAACUCUACGAUUACGAAGAGCCAUCAGUUCACUGGACCCAAUUUGUGUGUAUCAGGUGAUCGUGUUACCCGUAGCUGGCGUGUUGGUGUUCGACUGCGGAUCGUCUCGUUCCUGUGGUGGCGAGUACGUAGCGGCUCAGCUGCAGCUUUAUAAGCUCGGUGUGGAGGUGAACUUCACACUGGGGAACCGAGAGCAGUACGGACCCUUCUACAAUGCUCCGCUGGAGAACGGGCGAGAUUACUACAUCAUCCUGCGCACCGUCUGCACCUGGGGGCAGGCGAGAAAGCAGUCCUGCGUUAUCUGGGCCAAAGCCAGAGGAGCCUACUACGCUACCAGGAUUUCUGCUUUGGCGACGUUCGGCUCCAUCGGCGCUCUGGGUUUCUUUAGCACGACGGUUUACGGCUGCUGCUGGUCAGAGGCUGAGUUUAUUGUUUCCAUUGCACCCUUGUCCAUUUCUACAUACAGUAUGAGUGAGCACAAAAUAAAGAGUAUGUAGACUUUUUCUUUUUUUUAACAGGAACACAGUCGAAUUUGGCAACAGCUACAAGCUAAUUUCUCAGAGAUUCAUAUCAGCUCGCUAAAUAGUCUCUUUUCUGAUAACGACCUGCUGUAGUAUGCUACGUAUAACGUAACAUUGAGGAGGUAACUUUACUCUGCAAAUGUUUUUGCGGUUUAACCAAACUAAAAAUUCUACUGAAUUUACAUUUAGCCACGCCCUCAAAACUCCAUAAAAGGCAAAGCUCCCAGUGACAGAGUGAAUAAGGGCCUUCUAAACGCCGUGUGUUUCAGGUCACUUUCUUUCAAGUCGUUGACGCAAAAAAAGUGUUUUUAAGUGUUUUUAAGUAGCGCAACUUAAAGUCGGAGCACGUGGCCGGUGAUGGCCCGGUUUUCUUUCAUCACUUCUUUAAACAGAGGUUAAAUAUCUGAUUUGAGUUCUUCACUCAUAAAGACGGUGAUGGAGACGAUUCAACUGAGAAGAAAUGGAAACGUCAACAAGGGUGCAAUAAAUACAAGAAUGAAAAACAAAUAAAAACCUAUGCCAUGUCUUUAUUCUGAUUUAUUUCUCUUUUCUCUCUCUCUCU